UCUGUGCACAUUGCCUGCGACGCUAAGCGAGGCGACGCGAGUCUGGGCGUUGGAAUGCGAUGAAAGGCAAAAUAGUUGGUGUUUUGUCGGCAGUCAUAGCGUAAGUUCCACGUUUAAACAUGGAUGUUGAGCAAUUAAUCCAGCAAAUACAAACACGAACUCCAAUAUGGGACCAGAAAAAUUCAUUAUACCAUAACCGCGAGUUGGUCGCCAAAUUAUGGGAAGAGGUUGCAACAACGUGUGAAUUAACAGUUGAUAAUGCUAAGGCAAAGUGGAAAAAUUUGCGUGACGGUUUCCGAAGCGAAUUAAAAAAAAUGGCUAAAGGACAUUCUUGUGACGCUGAAGGCAGACAAAUCGAAUCUUCUUGGGUCUGGUACAAGUCAUUAAUAUUUCUCAAAAAUCAAGUCAGCAGUAGAAAAAUGCGCCGAAAUUUGUCAAGAAGUGUUGAACAAACGCCAGUCAAUGAAGAUUCUGGUACCCAAUCAGAAAUUGCAGAUGACGGUGAAGAUGUGCAGCCAAAACAAUAUUGCCUAGCCACGUUGGAAUCACCGAAUGAAACUCAAAACUUGGUUGCAAAAAGAGUUCGGACCAAUCCAGAAGAUGCAAUUUUGGAUCUCGAAAUAAAAAAAUUAAAAAUGAUAGAGUCUCACAUGGACAAGAGAGCGAACGUGGUGGCCGAGGACGACAACUACCAUUUUUUAAUUAGCCUGAAGAAGCCACUAAGCUGCCUUCCAAUGGACAGACAAAUGUUCGUGCGCUAUAAGAUUCAAGAACUGAUAUAUAGCGAAAUAUCCAAUAUCUCAAAAACUCCUACAUUUACCACCGAUGUUUGCUCUUGAGUUGAGUUAUUGCUUUAAUGUUCCAGUUCGCCAGAGUUUACACCUAUACCAAUCCCCAUCAGCGUCUUCAGCACAUUUUCAUGGAUCAUAUUAAUUUGACAAAGUCUGUUUCACUUACAUUAUACAUAUAAUCUCAUAUAAAUGAAGUUUCUAGUUUGAA